GGGAGAGUAAUGCGGACUCUAGCGCUAUGCUAUAAUUUAUAACGUCUUAAUCUUUAGUUUAUCACGGAGUGUAUCAUGAGGCGUGCAGGAGUUUGUGACGAGCCUUGGCGCUAUGGCGCUGGCGAGUGGGAGGGACAUGUGGUGCUGACCUCUCAGCGGAGCGCGCGACGUUCAUCUAAUGGCUUUUUUGUGGUUCUUCGAAGUUCGUAUAUGCGCAUUGUAUAUAUCGCUGCCCCCGAAGGAUGGUGCACCAACAUGUCAAAUAUUAGAUGAAACUCGAGCGGCGAAC